GGGGGUGCGCUUCUGGGGACAUGCGACCCUGGGCGCUCGGAAGCCCCUCCUGAUCGGUCCCACCGCCUUCCCUUGCCCCCGCCCCGCUCAGCCCCUCUCCAGACUUCCCCGUCCGCACCACGUGCUUCUGCCCAGCUGCUGCCUCCCUUGAGAGACCCAGGGGCCUCCAUGGCCUCACCCACGACCACCAACCCAGCACAUGCCCAUUUUGAGAGCUUCCUGCAGGCCCAGCUGUGUCAGAAUGUGCUGAGCAGCUUCCAGGGGCUCUGCCAGGCCCUGGAGCUGGAGCCUGGUGGGGGGCUGCCCCAGUACCACAAGAUUAAGGCCCAGCUCAACUACUGGAGUGCCAAGUCACUGUGGGCCAAGCUGGACAAGCGAGCAGGCCAGCCUGUCUACCAGCAGGGCCAAGCCUGCGCCAACACGAAGUGCCUGGUGGUGGGUGCUGGACCUUGUGGUCUUCGGGCUGCAGUGGAGCUGGCACUGCUGGGGGCCCGUGUGGUCCUGGUAGAAAAGCGCACCAAGUUCUCUCGCCACAAUGUGCUCCACCUCUGGCCCUUCACCAUCCAUGACCUUCGGGCACUCGGUGCCAAGAAGUUCUAUGGGCGUUUCUGCACAGGCACCCUGGACCACAUCAGCAUCCGGCAGCUUCAACUGCUUUUGUUGAAAGUGGCAUUACUGCUGGGGGUGGAAAUUCACUGGGGUGUCACUUUCACUGGCCUCCAGCCCCCUCCCAAAAAGGGGAGUGGCUGGUGUGCCCAGCUCCAGCCCAAUGCCCCUUGCCAACUGGCCAACUAUGAAUUUGAUGUCCUCAUCUCUGCAGCUGGAGGUAAAUUCGUCCCUGAAGGCUUUACAGUGCGAGAAAUGCGUGGCAAACUGGCUAUUGGCAUCACGGCUAACUUUGUGAAUGGGCGCACCGUGGAAGAGACACAGGUGCCCGAAAUCAGCGGUGUGGCCAGGAUCUACAACCAGAGCUUCUUCCAGAGUCUGCUCAAAGCCACAGGCAUCGAUCUGGAGAACAUUGUAUACUACAAGGACGACACACAUUACUUUGUGAUGACAGCCAAGAAGCAGUGCCUGCUGCGUCUGGGGGUGCUACGUCAGGACUGGCCAGAGACCGACCGGCUGCUGAGCAGUGCCAAUGUAGUGCCUGAGGCUCUGCAGCGCUUUGCCCGGGCAGCUGCUGACUUCGCCACCCAUGGCAAGCUCGGGAAGCUGGAGUUUGCCCGAGAUGCCCGUGGGCGGCCUGACGUCGCUGCUUUUGACUUCACAAGCAUGAUGCGGGCAGAUAGCUCUGCUCGUGUGCAGGAGGAGCAUGGUGUCCGCCUGCUGCUGGGGCUAGUGGGGGACUGCCUGGUGGAGCCUUUCUGGCCCCUGGGCACUGGAGUGGCCCGGGGCUUCUUGGCAGCCUUUGAUGCUGCCUGGAUGGUGAAGCGGUGGGCAGAGGGCGCUGAGCCCCUAGAAGUGUUGGCAGAGCGUGAGAGCCUGUACCAGCUCCUGUCACAGACGUCCCCAGAAAACAUGCACCGCAAUGUGGCCCAGUAUGGGCUGGACCCAGCCACCCGCUACCCCAACUUGAACCUCCGAGCUGUGUCUUCCAAUCAGGUGCGAGACCUGUAUGACGUGAUGGCCAGGGAGUCUGUGCGGAGGAAGAGCGACAGCACGGAUUCAAGAAAGCCUGACAGCGGGUCGGUGGUCACAAAGGAAGAACUGCUACGCUGGUGCCAGGAGCAGACGGCUGGGUAUCCUGGUGUCCAUGUCACCAACCUUUCUUCCUCCUGGGCUGAUGGGCUGGCUCUAUGUGCCCUGGUGAACCGGAUGCGGCCUGGCCUACUGGAACCCUCAGAGCUGCAGGGGAUGGGGGCUCUGGAAGCAACUGGUUGGGCGCUGAAGAUGGCAGAUCACGAACUGGGCAUCACACCCGUGUUGUCAGCACAGGCAGUGGUGGCAGGAAGUGACCCACUGGGCCUCAUCGCCUACCUCAGCCACUUUCACAGUACCUUCAAGGGCACACCCCACAACCCAGGCCCUGUCAGCCAAGGCUCUCCGGGGACCUCCAGUGCUGUACUAUUCCUGGGCAAACUGCAGAGGACCCUGCAACGGACCCGGGCCCAGGAAAAUGGGGAGGACACAGGUGGCAAGAAGCUACGCCUGGAGGUAGAGGCUGUGACCCCCAGUACUGAGGAGCCAGCUGUCCCAGAAUCUGGUGUACCCCUGACACCCGCAUCUCAACACCAGGAGGCUGGUGGCGAGGACCUGUGUGCACUCUGUGGGAAACACCUCUAUAUCCUGGAGCGUCUGUGUGCUGACGGCCGUUUCUACCACCGGAGCUGCUUCUGCUGCCGUGUCUGUGAGGCCGCACUGUGGCCAGGUGGCUACGAACAGCACCCAGAAGAUGGACAUUUCUACUGCCUCCAGCACCUGCCCCAGCCAGGCCACAAAGAGGAUGGCAGAGCCAGAGGCCCUGAAAGUCAGGAUCUCCCCACACCAGGUGAGAAUAACAUGCCAUCCAGCCCCUCAAAUCCCAUGGCCUCUCAGGAAGAGGCCAGUCCUGUCCCAAGCCCCAGCCAGCCCACCCGUCGGCUGAUCCGCCUCUCCAGCCCAGAACGCCAGCGAUUGUCCUCUCUUAAUCUGACCCCUGACCCAGAAAUGGAGCCUCCACCCAAGCCCCCCCGCAGCUGCUCUGUCUUGGCCCGCCAGGCCCUGGAGGGCAGCUUUGUGGGAUGGGGAAUGCCAAAGCAGAGCCCCGAAGUUCUUGUGGCCAUGGAGAUGGAGGAAGGGAAUCCCUCCUCCAGUGAAGAGGAAGAGGAAGAGGAAGAAGAUGUGGCUUUGGACUCAGACAUGGAACAAGCUCUGCUGACUUUCGCCAAGAACUCAGGCACUAUGAACAAGUACCCAACAUGGCGGCGGACCCUGCUGCGCCGUGCUAAGGAGGAGGAGAUGAAGAGAUUCUGCAAGGCCCAGGCCAUCCAGCGGCGUCUAAAUGAGAUUGAGGCUGCUCUGAGGGAGCUGGAGGCCCAGGGAAUGAGGCUGGAGCUGGCCUUGAGGAACCAGAGCAGUUCUCCAGAAGAGCAAAAGGCACUAUGGCUAGAACAACUGCUACACCUCGUUGAGAAGAAAAACAGUCUAGUGGCUGAGGAGGCUGAGCUCAUGAUCACGGUGCAGGAGCUGAGCCUGGAGGAGAAACAACUGCAGCUGGACCAGGAGCUACGAGGCUACAUGAACCGGGACGAAGUCCUAAAGACAGCUGCUGAUCGGCAGGCUGAGGAGCAGAUCCUGAGGAAGCUGGUGAAUGUGGUGAACCAGCGAGAUGCCCUUAUCCGCUUCCAAGAGCAGCACAGGCUCAGUGAGCUGGCAGCAGGGCCAGGGGCCCAAAGCUAGAAGAGGGUGGACUGCCUGCCUUCUUCCCUACAAGACCGCCCCACCCCAGGACAGUGCCACCCUGCUCAUCUGGGCUGCCUGGGAGAGGCCUUCACUGUUUACAAUAAAACUGUUUGCCAC